GGGUCUUUGCUCCGAGAUCCUCGCCUCCUCCGGCUCUACCUUCACCUCCACAGAGGAACCUGGACCCUGAUUCCUACGUCUGGUGGAAGUGCCCCUGUCACAGCGUAGUGUGUCAUCCGGUUGGGAAGUGGAGGAGGACUGAGCCUGGACGAGAACAAGCUUCCAGCAGCAAUUGCAAGUUUUAUCAAUGCAGAGACACAUACGGCUCUGUUGGCUGCAUAUGGACGAAGCUGCGGCCUUAUGAAGCUGAGAGAGACUCCUCUGCAUUAAGGCAGCUCUCAGUCCCAGCCUGUGCGGUGGACCGCCCCUUCAGGUUGGGCCAUGAAUAAACAACCGAGCAAAGAGAGUCUCAAGGACAAGGUGAAGGGGAUCUUUGGUCUGGGAACCGCGCGGCCGCCCAGCAAACAGAGUGACGCCCGACCGUCAGAGUUCAUCAUCACGACGGACAUCAUCAAGGAGCUCCAACCAGACUGCGGUCUGAGCACCCGCGUCCGCAUGAUGAACCAUGUCUGUGAGCUCGCCAAAACAAAGAAAUUUGAGGAUCAUGCUGUGGAGGCUGUAUGGAAAGCUGUGGAGGACAUGCUCACUCCAGAGCAGCCACUGGAGGCCAGACAUGCGGUCCUGCAGCUGCUGAGGGCCAUUAUACAGGGACAGGGCGAGCGGCUUGGCCCUCUGAGAGCAUUCUUUUUCAACGUGAUCAGAGACUACCAACCAUCCAGCGAGGACCUCUCUGAUAGGCUGGAAGUCUUCAAGGCCUUAACCGAGAACGGGAAAGACAUCACUUAUCUGGAAGAAGAUAUAGCACGCUUUGUCCUCCUGUGGAUGGACAUAGGUCUUACCUCCGAUUUUCUCCAUGUUCUUGUAAAUCUGGUGAAGUUCAACAGCUGCUACCUGGACCAAAACGUCUCCGUCAUGGUCCAGAAAAUCUGUCUCCUGUGCAAUAGAACUACAUCUUCUACAGAUAUUGAGGUGGCACUACAAGUACUGGAUGCAGUGGUGUGUUACAACUGCCUGCCCUCAGACUCUCUAACUGUCUUUAUCAUCACACUGUGUCGCACUGUCAACGUCAAGGAGUUCUGUGAAUCCUGCUGGAAGUUGAUGAGGAAGGUGUUGGGGACUCACCUCGGCCACAGUGCAAUCUACACCAUGUGCCGGAUAAUGGAGGAGAGAGUGUACAUGGAGGACGCCCCGUUGUUGAGAGGAGCCGUGUUCUUUGUUGGGAUGGCACUGUGGGGCGCACACAGACUCCCCGCCCUGAAAAACACACCUACACUCGUUCUGCCAUCUUUCUACAAGGCCAUGUCGAGUGCUAAUGAGGUGGUGUCCUAUGAAAUCGUCCUCUCCAUCACCAGACUGAUCAAGAAGUACGGCAAAGAGCUGCAGGUGGUCACAUGGGACAUCCUGCUGGGCAUCAUAGAGCGGCUGCUGCAGCAGAUCCAGACAAUCGGCAGUGCGGAGUUGAAGGCCAUUGUGUACGAGCUGCUGACCACGGUGGAGGAGCUGUACGAGCAGAACGGUUACCACGGCUCCACAGAGAAGUUCUUCAGUCUGGUGGAGAAAUGUGCCGACAAGAGACCUGAUGCAUCAGUGCUGACCCUCAUCUCGUACAGAGCCCAGUCUAUUCAACCAGCCAAGGACGGCUGGAUUCAGAGCCUUCACCGCCUCAUGGAGAAAUUCUUCAGGUAA